AUGAAUGGUGCAGUUGGUUUGUUGUUGUCUUCUGGGACGAAGGUAGUCGGACUGGGCGUGGUCCUUGUGAUGCUUGCAGUGCAGUCGCAUGCGUUGACGCCAGAUGGGUUCGCUCUGCUGGAGUUUAAGCAGGGGUUGUCUGCAACGGAUGGACAGAUCCCUUCGGAGCUGGCAAACUGCACCCGACUUGAGACCCUGAACCUCAUGAACAAUGAGUUAUCUGGAAAGCUUCCGGGCGAGCUUGGGAAUCUGACUGCGUUGACCAAGUUGCUAGUCUCCCGAAACAGUUUGGAGGGAGAGAUUCCAAUUUCAGUUGCGGCAAGUCCGAGCUUGUCUAUUUUCAACCUCAGUGAGAACCUUUUCAGUGGUAGAGUUCCCAAAGCGCUGUACAAUAAUCUUAAUCUCCAGGUGGUAAACGUCGGAGUAAAUAGAUUCUCUGGCGACGUUACAGCAGACCUGGAAGAAAUGUCGAAGUUGCCAAACAUUUGGGGCAUACAGAUGAACGCGAACCAAUUCACUGGUUCCUUGCCACCGUCGAUUGGAAACCUGUCGUCGCUGCAAUAUCUUGACCUCAGUUUCAACAAUCUGGAUGGCAUCAUUCCAGAGUCGAUUGCCAACUGCUCCUCUCUCCAGUAUCUGGUCCUAUCUUCAAACAAGCUUACCGGAUCAAUACCGCGGACUGUCGGACAAUGCUCUAAUCUUGAAUUUGUCAACCUAGCUCAGAACUAUUUGUCAGGAGAUAUACCGGCAGAGAUAGGAAACUGCACCAAAUUGCGAGUGCUUCAUUUGGGGGGCAACAAGUUCAAAGGCAAAUUGAAGGUGGACUUCAGUAGAGUUACAUCAUCCAACUUAAUCCUAGGGAUCUCCAACAACUCGUUUAUAGGUGAUAUAAACUUCUUCGAAAGUAUAGCCACGAAUCCUAAUUUCACGAUUGUGAGCGCAUGCUUGAACAACCUCACUGGGACGAUUCCUACGAACUAUGAUGUGAAAAGGUUAUCGAAGCUUCAGGUGCUCAUGUUAGGAUAUAACAAGCUGGAAGGUAAGGUUCCGGAGUGGAUGUGGGAGUUGCCUAGUCUACAGGUAUUGGACCUCUCGAAUAACAAAUUGAGCGGGCCGGUGACAAGCAGCAGCAACUUUACACUACUGAAUGGUUUCAUCCACAAAAAUGUGAAGACAGUGCCGUACAACUGCCAUAAACUGGAUUCUUACUGCGCCUACGGUUUCGAUUUCUACCUCAAUGAUCGAAAAUUUGAAGUGUCGAUGAGCUACUUGACAUACUUCAAAUAUCUCGACAUCUCCUGUAACCAAUUUAGCGGCAUCAUUCCACCCAGCAUAGGCAAGCUUACCAACCUAUCUUAUUUAAAUCUCUCAAAUAAUGCAUUUACAGGUGUGAUUCCCGCAGCAAUGGGAAGAAUCUUCAACCUGCAGUCCUUCGACGUGUCUCACAACCUUCUCACAGGACCCAUUCCACAAGAAUUCGCCGGCCUCAGUCAGUUGGCGGAUCUAAAGAUGGGAAACAAUUCCCUUUCUGGCCCCAUUCCUAGGAGUAUCCAGUUGCAGUCAUUCUCAGUUGACAGCUUCCUCCCUGGCAACGACGAGCUCUGUAACGAGCCUCUUGCCAGAUUAUGCAUCGUUUCGAAAAACGAUUCCACCACUACAGCUGAUCCUGUAAACUUCAACUCAGAUUCCAUCGAAAAUUUUAUUUCGGUACUUGGCUUUGUAGUCGGCUUUGUUGCCCUCGCCAUUGCCAUAUUUGUACGUCACUAUCAAAACCACCCCAAGAAAAAGGUGGUGCCUGCUGAUUCCAGCCUAACACGUAAUUACGACCGCUAUGGAGCCUUCAAGCUUCCAGAAUAGGUCAUGCAGUCUAGUCAGGCUGGCUUGCAACUAGUAAGAUGCGUCAGCACAUUUACAAAAUGGGGAUUUGUGCAGGCAGACUCGGAGCCAUGUUGCAGUUUUAUUGUCACAAAGCUGCUUAUCGAGGGUGUCCUAGGCAGCAGAGUUGUAAUAGAACCUGAUGAUGACUAGGAGUGUGGGAUGUUCUGUUAAUGGUUUAAUUGCAGCACCAUUGGAAAGUCAAAAUAGUGGCGAAUUCUCCA